AUGUGGAAGUUUCCCCUGAAAGUUACCAGCAAAACGCGAAGCUCACUACAGGCCCUGUGUCUGUGCAAAGCACACAGGUCCAUCGUUCAGCACGACCAGGGCUGUCAAGCGGAGAGGAGGGAGAAACGCUCCGUGCUAAGGCAAACCCUGCCUUCUCCCGCUGCGGAGUCCCCGCGGCUGAGGCGAGGCAGCUCAGCGUUAAGUGACACGCUGCUGAUGCCAAGGGGGCCGGGGACGCGCAUUACCUGCCGCACCAUCGGGGCCAGGAGGGCUCCCUCGGACAAGUCUCGCCUCACGACGGGAGCAGCGGCGGCGGCGGCCCCCCAUGCGGACGGCCGGCGCUGGCUGCGCGGGGUGCGCAUCCCGGCGAGCCGCCCCCGCAGCGGGGCUCGGGCGGCCGCCGCCAGCGCCGCUACCGCCGCUCUCCACGCCGCCGACAUCUUUCCGGAAAGAGCGGCGGCGGCCGCGCCGCGCAUGCGCAGUGCCGGGCCCGAGGCCGCGGGGCGGGGGCAGCUCCGGCCCGGUCCCGCCGGGAUCGCGCGGGCAGCGCUCCGCCAGCGGGAGCGACGCCACCCGCACAUCCGGAGGGGACGGAGCCGGCAGAGAGCAGCAAGAGAAACUGCCGUUUUCACUCAGAGGACCUUAGGUCAGUCAGGAGCCUCCCACUCCAUAAGCCCUGAGAAGCUCCAGGAAGCUGACAGCAGUGAAGCACUGAGGACCAGAAGAGUCUGUGGGCAACCUGCUGGAAACCAGGAACUAUCCAUGAAAGCGGACAUGGAGCCAUCAUGGGGCUGGCACGGAGCUAAUCCGUCGGGGGACGGCACACCGGGCUGCUGCCGUGCCUGCCGCAGCGCACAUGCAGCGGCAGUGAACUAUCCACAGACGAAGAGUAUCAGCCAAAGGAAGAGCCUCCGGGAUGCCCUGCAGCCUGCUGGCAAACUCUACAGAGACUGCAGCUACAGCUGAGCACCGACAGAAUGGCAGCAUGAAGAAGGCAGAAGAAACCUCUGAUGGGGCACUACGUGUGCUUGGGCAGGGAAGGUGCACAAAACAAAGCACUGGCCAUGGCAAAGAGGUUGUCACAAUGAGCAGUUCUGCGAGUCUUGCCACACAAAUUGCUUACCAUGUGGAGGCUUCUGCGGUCACCUGCACACAUGGCAACCCUGAUUUCCUCCCUUUUUCUCCUUUCAACCAGUGUCACUUUGGCUCUUGAGCUGGAGGGACUUGCAACGCAGUGGACAAUCAAUUAUUUACUAAAAUAAGCAGAUACAAGCUAUGUACAAAUAAACACAUCACAGAAUUUUCAAACAUAUUUGGCACCUUUCAUACUUACAUCACCCUUGUCUACCUUCAAGAAUCACCAACAAGGACAUGCAUUCAAAAAGACAGUGUUGACACUUGUGUCUAUGCACUUGACUUUAUCCUAAUAACUCCCUCCCUAGGAUGAUCACAAAGAUCAUAUUCUGCCAGUAUUUGUUUAUGUGAUUCACUGAUUCCUGUACACUGCAAAAUACCGUACCACAGUGAAAACUCCAUGUCAGAUAUCCCACUGUUGCUGUGUAUCACAUGGUGACGCCGACACUGGUGUUUUCUUGGAAUUUUCCAUCUGAACUGCAUGUUUUACACUACUCUAGUGUGAAAUUUUGAUGAAAUGGCUUUUUCCUGCUUAAUUCUGGGAUUUUUAUAGGAAUCUUUUUGGUCAUAAAUACGGCUGUUUUUUUCUACAGUCUCUAAAGUGAGAAAGCAAAUUCAUUCCUCCCAUUUAAAUUUUCUGAAUUUGUAGACAUUUCUUUUAUUAAUCCAGUUAACCUGAAUCAUAUGACUUUUUUUUUGUUUUGUUUUCACAAAUGCUUUCCUUAUUUCCAGUCAAUCUAGUGUUUGAUAAUCAUGACUUUCCGUCAUUUUUCAUUGCUGAGAUCACAUGAGUUUUCUUUGGAGUGUUAAUUUCUGUAACUGUAUUAAUAGUUUAGUGCCCUCACUAGCCAUUCUGGGGAAAUGCUUAAUCACAUGUAUAAGGCAGCAGGUGGGAUCCAUGCAGUCCUAUCUAGACCUCUGUCAUGUAGAAGUCUACAUCUAAUAUAGGCUCCCUCCAUACACGAGGAAGAAUUAAGCAUCUUUAACGCAUGAGUCAUGUCAUCCUAAAGUAGAUGCCUAGAAUAGGUCUGAUGAUUUGUGCCCUAAAAUUGCUCCUAUUUCUCUGUGUUAAAGAACAAGUCAUUUAUAUCUUGAUGUUUCAAUUCUAUCAGCCUCAAGUGAGAUGAGAUUAAUUAAUAGUCUUAUAUCCAGGUUUGUGUCAUACUUUGAAAUACCCUAAAAAUUCUUAUUUGUCAAGAAAGCUGAAAAUAGCAUUACUUUUUAUAUUAUUCUCAAUUUACAUAUAAAAAAAAGCUUUUAAAAGUUUUCUGCCUCAAGACAUUUUAGAAAAAAUGGCAAAUGCCAUGUGUUUCAUGGGAAAGUCAUAACACCUCUCUUUUUAAUAACUGAGUCUUUCAGUUCUCUGUCUGCAAGGUUGGAAAAGAAAUUAGUUAGAUGCAUUAAAGGUCCAGAAUAAGAACCUGCUCUUGGUGAAAUUAUACAAUAUGGGGGGGAUUUAAAAAAAAAAAACAAACAAAAAAAACACCAAGAAAAAACUGUUUUGGCAGGCUGAAUUAUUUUUUAUAUGACACUCAAAAAAUUAUAUGUGAAAAGAUAUUUUAAAACUAAACUAGGUGGCAGAGUACAGGUGAAAUAGUUUUCUUUUAAAAGUGUCAUAAUAUCUAAAACCUGACAGAGAUGUCACAUUAGUGUGGUACAUGUGAGAAGAACGUGUGCCAGGAACUCCUCAAGAAAUGCAGGAUCCUUCUGACCAGUUCUGCUCUCAGGAGUUAAAAUCCUGCAUAAAGCUGAUGAGUAAGCUCUUGAUGACUCACUGUGGCAGAUGCAGUCUUUAAUUCUAGGAGGGUAUAAGGGAAGUGGGUGUGAAUCUCGAGUAGAGGGGAGCUAGGGAUGUUCCUCCCUCAGUGUCUGGGGGAUAAAAGUGUAGGUUUUUAAUACAGCCCCAGGUAUCAGCAAUGCCAAACUUCUGUAAGGGGUAAGUUUGACAUUGCACAUCACACAUAGAUUUUAUGUGAAGCAAGGUUGGAAUACCACCUACUCACAGAUGGGUAUGAUUUUGGGGAUGUCCUGCAUAAUUCAUGUGUGGCUUUGAUACUUAUGAGUAAUUCAGACAUCAAAGCCUCAACUUAGAUAACACUUUUAUAACACUAAACUUCCUAUAGCAAAUAACCUGUAGGCUUUCAUUUAAGUCCCUAAAAAAAAAAAAAAAAAAAAAAAAGAAAAAGAAAAAUACUUUCUUCUUUACCUUAAGAUAUUUUUUAUAAGGUAAGCUGGUGUGAAGUACAAGAUAGAAAAUACUGAAGCCUGAAGUAGAGAAAAAAAAAUCCAUAUAGUAUUCUUCACUAGGACUAGAAAUGUAAAUUUAAAGCAUUAGAAAGGAGCUGGGAACCUCUUUCCUGAGAGUACACCAGAUACCAGGCCCUUACAGUAACUCGGCAAUAUUCCCCUCUGCUUUGCCAGUGGCACAAACCUUCACUUUUCCACAGUGAAAUUUUUUUUAACAAGCAAUUUUAUGUUCUCUUCCAAGUUAGCCAUUAUGCAUGGAAAAAUCUCCCCAUUAAUAACCGUGAAGCUCCUUUAUUGUUCUCCUUCAAAUCUCCUUAAAACUUCCUUCUGACACCAAACACUUGUCAGCGGCUGGGCCUGUUGCUUUUUAUUCUCAAGGCUGUUUUUCCCUUAUCCUUCCCCCAUGGGUUUGUACUAUACACCUGUUGUCUUUCAUCAUGGGUUAAGAUCAUAAGCUCUUUGGGCAUAGACCAUCUCUCUUAUUACAUGUGUCUACAGUAUCCGACACAAUGGAACUGUGAGCCCUGAAUGGGGCCUCUGGGUACUGCCAUGAUCCACUUGAUAAAGAAUGAUGAUUUUUGACAUGGUGAGUUCUGCAGUUUUUCCCAAGUCAUUCUGCAGUUGUUCACGCUGAUAUAACCAGUGUGUGAGAGCAGUGUCCUUAAAUCCUAAAAAAAAAAAAAAAAAAAAAAAAAAAAAAAAAAAAAAAAAAAAAAAAAGAAGGAUAAAUGCUUUGGAACUAUUUGCUAGAGAGCAAGGACUUUACUGCUUUGGUGUUGGGUUGUUUUUGUUUUUUUUUUUCUCUUCCUGCAUAGUGAAAUGCAUGGGCUGACAUGCA